AUGCUCUCGCCGCUGCAUCUCGCGCCGCUCUAUGCCUUCGGGCUUCCACGCGUCCGCACGGCGCAGGGCUGGGUGGUCGGCUCACGCGCUGCCGAUGGCGUCGAGCGCUUUGCGGGCAUUCCCUUUGCCGAGCAGCCGGUGGGAAAGCUCCGCUUUGCCCGAGCCAGCCUCUCCGAGGUCCCGUUCCCGGGCGGCGUGCACGACGGCCGGCUGCCUGGCCCGCCCUGCAUUCAGAACCCCGCGGGUCCCAUCCGUGCUCCGGGAAGUGAGGAGCCGCCUCAGUCGGAAGCGUGCCUCCACCUCACGCUGUGGCGGCCCGCCGCCAGCCAGGAGCCGGCUGCUCCCCUCCCGGUGAUGGUCUACAUCUUUGGUGGCGGCCUCUGCGGCGGCAGCGCCAACGUAGUCUCUCUCAACGCCUCGCGCCUCGUCGUGAGGCAGCAAGUGAUCGUCGUCAGCGUCUCGUACCGGCUGGGCGCGCUCGGCUUCUGCCCGCUCCCAGACUUCCCCGGCGGCGGCUCUGGCGGUAUGAACGGGAUCUACGACAUCAUCGUCGCGUUGCGCUGGCUCAAAGCAAACGUCGCCCCCUUUGGAGGCGACCCGGGCAACGUGAUGCUCUUUGGCCAGUCGUCCGGCUCUUAUGCGAUUUGUACGCUCUGCGUCGCUCCCGCGGCGGCGGGCCUCUUCUCCAAGGUGGCGCUGCAGGAAGUGAUGGCGCAGCUCAACGUCACGAGCGGCAUCGAGGGCCUCCGCGCCGUACGAGACGCGACCCGGAUACAGUGGCCGAGCCGGUACAUGGAGGACCUGGACGUUGCGCCCUACUUUAGCGCCUACUUCCCGGACGACGCCGUUGUCCGGUCGCCCCCCGCCGACCUCUGGGCCGCGGGGGCCAUCCACCCGCGCGCGAUGCUCGUCGGAGGCACGAGCAAGGACGGGACCGCCGCCUUCUACGGCACGGCCCCCACGCUCGGCAACAUCGCCCCCGACCCGGCGCAGCUCGGCGAUGCGGCCUACGAGACGGCGCUCAAAGGCGCGUGGGGCGCCGCGGCGCGGGCAGUACGCGCCCACUACCCGCUCUCGCGCUUUGGCGGCUCGGCGCAGGCGGCCUUCGUCCAGGCGGAUGCCGACGCGUACGUGCUCUGCCCGCAGACUGAGGCGGCGAGGAUGGCCGUCGCCGCAGGCGUGGCGGUGUGGCACUACGAGUUCUCCCACUUCAUGCCGUCGCCGACCGCGCCGGGCGGCGGCUGUGACAACGGCGUCGAGCUCGACGUUGUCGAGGCUGGCGCGUCGGCGACGUGGGCCACGCACGGCGCCGAGGUGCGGUACGUCUUCGGGUCGGAGCAGAACCACGACACCCUGUCUGGUCGCCCGCGCAUCGCCGACUGCCCCUUCUCGCCGGCCGAGAGGAGGCUCUCCGACGAGAUCGGAGCCUACUGGGCGGGCUUGGCGAGGGAGGGCGACCCCAACAGCGGAGGGGGCGCCGGCGGAGGCCGCGCCUGGUGGCCGGCGUACGGUGCUGGGGCGAACUGGACGUCGCUCGUGCUGGGUGUGGGCGGCGGUGUGGCCAGAGCGCAGCUGCACGGCAGCGCGUGCAACUUUUGGACGCAGCUAGGGGGGGAGAGCACUUGGAGCACUUGGAGUGCAGUCAUCAACCGCACAUCCAGGACGCAGGAGAGAUCAGCGAAAUAA